AUGACAGUGACCUACACCAACCGCGUGGCUGAUGCCCGCCUGGGCACCUUCUCCCAGCUCCUGCUCCAGUGGAAAGGCAGCAUCUACAAACUGCUCUACUCUGAAUUCCUGAUCUUCAUCUCUCUCUACUUCACCAUCAGCCUCGUCUACAGGCUGAUCCUGAGCGAGAGCCAAAGGCUGAUGUUCGAGAAGCUGGCGCUGUACUGUAACAGCUACGCCGAGCUAAUCCCUGUGUCCUUCGUGCUGGGUUUCUAUGUGGCCCUGGUGGUGUCCCGCUGGUGGGCCCAGUACGAGAGCAUCCCGUGGCCAGACCGGAUCAUGAACCUGGUGUCCUGCAACGUGGAUGGGGAGGAUGAGUACGGGAGGCUCCUGCGCCGCACCCUGAUGCGCUACAGCAACCUGGUGAGCGUGCUGAUCCUGCGCUCCGUCAGCACCGCCGUCUACAAGCGCUUCCCCAGCAUGGAGCACGUCGUGAGGGCAGGCCUCAUGACACCAGAAGAGCACAAGAAGUUUGAGAGUUUGAAUUCCCCCCACAACAAGUUUUGGAUCCCUUGUGUGUGGUUCUCCAACCUGGCUGUGAAGGCGAGGAAUGACGGGAGGAUCCGGGACAGUGUGCUGCUCCAAGGCAUCCUGAAUGAGCUCAACACCUUGCGCAGCCAGUGUGGGAAACUCUACGGAUAUGACUGGAUCAGCAUCCCCCUGGUCUACACCCAGGUGGUGACCGUGGCUGUUUACAGCUUCUUCCUGGCCUGCCUGAUUGGGAGGCAAUUCCUGGAUCCAGAGAAAGCAUAUCCUGGCCAUGAGCUGGAUCUCUUCGUGCCUGUCUUUACGUUUUUGCAAUUCUUCUUCUACGCUGGCUGGUUAAAGGUGGCUGAGCAGCUCAUCAACCCUUUUGGGGAGGACGAUGAUGACUUUGAAGCCAACUGGCUCAUCGACAGGAACCUGCAGGUCUCCCUCAUGGCAGUGGAUGAGAUGCACCAGGAUUUACCCAUCCUGGAGAAGGACCUGUACUGGAAUGAGCCUGAUCCCCAGCCACCCUACACUGCAGCCACUGCCGAGUACAAGCGCCCGUCCUUCCUGGGCUCCACUUUUGACAUCAGCAUGCAGAAGGAAGAGAUGGAGUUCCAGCCCCUGGAGCAGAUUAAAGAGAACGAGGAAGCCAACCACUCCACUCCCCUGCUGGGACACCUGGGCCGCCUUCUGGGUGUCCAGUCCCCAAACUUCUCCAGGUCCUCUUCCCGGAUGAACCUGCUGCGCCGGCGAGGAGAUCCCACGUCACCCUUCUCCCAUUAUACCUACCAGGACAUGGGGAAGGCCGGCAGCCCUUGUGGCAUCAAUCAGCCAAGGGGAGACUCCCAGGAGCAGUGGGACAGCGAAGAGGGAAAACUAAGGGAGUUUGAUGCGUUCAUGUCCACCCCCUUCUACGAGAGGCCUGGGUUCUACAGCGCUCCACAGACACCCAUCAGCUCCAUCCCCAUGAUCUUCCCCUCCCGACGCCAAGGGCGCAAGAAGCCCCCGGCACUCUCCAGCAUCGCAGCGUGCUCCAUUUCCCUUCGGGAUGUCAUUGUCAAUGCCUCCCCUUCCAGGGCCAGUGACAUGGACAAGAGCCAGAGCUCCCUGGGCUCUGCUGCAAAGGAAACCUUUGUUUGGCCAACAGAGCGAAGCAAAGGUCCCGACUCCAUGGCUGUGACAGUAGAGGAAGGAAAGAGCAGCUCCAGGGAAGUUGCCACCACAGGAAGCCCAGGAGCGCAGUCCACAGCAUCCAACAGCCCCAAAUUCCCAUUCCUGCCAGAGCCCCCCGAGCAUGAGAAGCAAGGCAACUUCAGGAGCCUGAAGACCUCCAAAGCCUCACGCCCACCCUGGCUAAACCUGGAGAGCACAGCCUCAGCUACUCCCAAUUCGGAGCAUUCCAGUGCCUUUCACACCCCUGGUAACAAAACCCCCGGAGGCAGCACUUCCCUCUGCUUCUCCUUCACUCCUGUCACCUCUCCAGUGCUGGAAAGGUCCCACAAGGGCAACCUGGGCCCUGAGGCUCACAGCCUGAGUUUGGAAGAUGCAGCCAGUGCUCCAGACCAGCACCCAGAGGUUUCCAGGAACAUGAGAGACACUGGGAAUGGAAACCCUAACCCCCCAGCUCCCAAAGAGCCCAGGAGAGCAGAGAGUCCAUCCCCCAACGACUCCGGAAUCUCCCUAGCUGAGGGCGACUACGUGGGGCUGAUGGAGGUGAUCCUGGAGGCCAGUGAAAGCCCAGGGGAGGAGCAGAUGGACCAGUACAGCUAA